CUCAGGUGGAAACCGCCGGCUUUCUGUCAGCAGUGGUGAUAAGAGCAGCACCAGAUAUAUGGUAAUGUGGAGCAGUUCUGAGCUUCAGCCUAAACAGAUCAACAUGGAACACCAUAUCCCAGUUCACCCUUUACCUGAAGAUAUCCAGCAGAUGCCUCAGAAUGAGACAGUUUGUAAAUAUUGUGGAGUUAGUUAUCUGAUACAUCAUGAAUUCAAAUUAAUGGAAGAAAAACUGAAAGCAAUGGAAGCAGAAUUGGAAUUUUACCGUGACAGUGUAGCCCGGGAAAAAAAACUGCAAAGAGAGCUUUGUUCAAUCAACCAAUGUAUGGAACAGCUGAAAAAUGAUAAUCAAGAGAAGAAAGAAAGUUUGAACUUGUUGAGUGGACAACUUGCAGCUAAACAGAAAGAACUGGAGGACACAUUCCUGAAAAUGGAGGGUGUUUCAGGCCAGCUUAUAGAAGCCCAGCGCCAACUAAAACUUGUCAGGGAAAGAACAAAGCAACAAGGACACAUUGUGGAGCAAGCAGCCACUUUCCUUCAAGGAAUAAGGAUUGAGCUAGCUAUGCUUAAGGAGGAUGUAAGGGGCAAUCUGAUGAUAUGGGACCCUUUCAGCAAAACUUUGGCACAUUGCCUGAAGGUCACUAACAGUUCUGUACAGAUGGAAAUGUUUGGAUUGAAAGAAAGUCUCAAGAGGUCUAAUGAAGAGGUGGCUGUCCUUCAGCAUCAAGUAAAAGAGCUACAUCUUUCAACAAAUACAGUUGCAUUACAAACCCAUCAAAUUAAUGAUUUAGCACAGAAGAAGGCUGAACUUCAAAUCAGAUGUCAUGAACUACAGGAAAAGGCAGUUGAUAUAGAAAAUCAACUUAUUACUCAGCAGCUCAAUUUCCAAAAAGUUACUGAAGAAAUGGAACAUUACAAGGAGUUGUUAUUGAAUAAAUCAAAAGAAGUGGCAGAUGUUCUGUCAAAAAUAAAUGAACUCGAGUGUGCACAUGAAGAACAGCGAUCCAGAUAUUGUAAAGAAAUAAAAGAAAAAGAAGAAAAGUGGCUGCAUUGUGAACAGAAGUACAAAAGCUUAGAAGAACAACUGGAAGUGAAAGUCCGUGAGGAGACAGAAAUAGAAAACCAAACUUCAAAAUCACUAAGUGAACUUCUUACUCUAAAGGCUGCCCUAAGUCAAGCAGAAGAGAAGCUUGCUGCAUUAAAACAGGAAAGGGAACAGAUGAUAAUUUCACAUCAAAACAGGAUUGAGCAACUACAAGAAAGCUUUAGACAGAAGUUAAGAAAUGAAGAAAGCUGGAGAGAAAAAAUGGAUUCAGAGCUAUCCAAGCAGCAUGCCGAACACUCCAUAGAGCUUAAGGAGUUAACACAGCAAAUGAAGGAAGAGGCAAAAUUUGAAAUAGAUAUUGAGAGAGAAAAGACAUCAGGAGCUACAUAACUAAAUACAGAGAAGAAUAUAAGCACACUCCAGGCAAAGGUUCCCGACUUAGUCAGUGCUGCCACCAGUAAAUUGCAGAUGGAAGUAAGCAGGAUGAAACAAAA